AUGUAUUUUUUUUACAGUUUCUGUUCCUCCAAACCGAAAGAAGAGCUUGUGCGCUUCGUGUCACGAGGGACUCACCUGGUGACUCACCCGGUGACUCACCUGGUCAAUAAAAAGCGAGCUGAGAAGCGUCCCGGCCAUCAGCUGAUCACCAGCAUGCAGUCCGAGGUGAGCUCCGCUGGGUCCAUCCUGACUUCCCCGAUGUCUGAUAACGGGAGCAUCGUUUUCUUAAACCUGGAGACCACUGGAAUAAAGACCAAUGUGUGUGACAUCAUCCAGUUGUCGGCCGUCUGUGGAAAGAGAGUCUUCAACGCCUACAUCCUGCCGACCUGGGAGAUGCCGGAGGACGCCGAGCAGGUGACGGGCUUCACCGUCAGCGACGGUGCGCUGUUUCACAACGGCGUCCCCAUGAGCACCGUCCCCCUCGCCGAGGCCCUCGCCUCCUUCCUCGACUUCCUGCGCUCCUUCGGGGGCCCCGUGCGGCUGGCGGCCCACAACGCGAAGUGUUUCGAUGCUCGCGUGCUCACCAGGGAGCUGCAGCGGCUCGAGCUGCUGCCGCAGUUUGAGCAGGUGGUGUCCGGCUUCGUGGACACCUUGCCGCUGGCCAGAAGGUUGAGACCUGGUCUGGGAAAAACGGGAUACAACCUAAAUAAUCUGGUCCACCUCUUCUUGGAGAAGAGCUACGACGCUCAGAACGCGGAGGCGAAAGCCACGGUCCUGCAGGAGCUGUUCAACAACUGGGCCCCCAGCGCACAGGACGUCGAUGCGUCCUGCGUCCUGCUGACUACUGACCUCGACUAAUUUCUUUUAAAAGGAAACAGCGACGAAAUGUUCUCGGCAUGAAUAUAUCAAAUAUUUCAUUUGGCGUGUCCCAACAGUUCUGUUCUCAUGGUAUACCCUCGGGUGGUUUAUAAAAAUUGGAAUUUUAACAAAAAUGGCAGGGGAAUCAACUUUUAGUGAUUUGGAGACACAUAAAUGCUUAGAACCAGAAACAGCUUUUUUGGCCUUUGAAUUUUUACUCUGGUUUGGACACAGAUUUUUACAAAUAAAAACAGUAGCCCAGAUGUAAGCAUAAACAAUACAACAUGUAAUAUAUUAAGUACAUACAUACAUAAAUAUGUAUACAUAUAUAUGAUGGACAAAACUUAAACACCAUGUACAACAACAACAGUGAAAGAUAAUGUGGAUACUGUGUACUUAUUUGUUCAAUCAUGUCGUUAUUACAUUGUAAAUUAUAACAUGUAUUUCUGACUGUUACACUCACAAGUUGUGUUCUAUGUCUUUUGAGUAAAUAAUAGUAAAUAAAUCCAGCCACAUCGUA